AUGAGCUCCUCUAAGUUUUUGACUGUAGUAGCACCGCCCGUUGGUUGGUCUUUUGCCGCCCAUACUCUAAUGGCAUUUAUGCAUUUGAUUCCUAUGGAAGCUCCGUGCUGUAGCAAGAUAUACGCUACAACUGCUCCAUGUUUCGAACCAAGCAUGGCCGUAAAAUGUUCUGCCAUCAAGCCGCCCUUGUUACCUCUACCCGUGACUGGUUCUGCGCUGAGACCAGCUAUACCAGAUAUUUAUUACUCGCUGGGAACUACCGUUUAUUUAUCUGGAAGUGUCACCCAAAUAUUCUCCGAGGCUCAGUUUAUCAACCUUAGAACGCUUACUGCACCAACAAUCACCACCACAUCACUAGUCGAAAGAUCAACAGGUUCAUCAACUACCUCAUCAACCACCACUUUAAUCCCAAUUUGGGUUCAAGCUGGAGGAUUUCAUUGGUCUCCAGUUCCAAUACCCACACCACUGCCUAUCAAAAUUCCAUCUCUCCCGGAGUUUCCUCCAAUUCCAAAUCCACCCUGCUUUAAAUUCCUUGAUGUUUUCUCUAUUGAUUUUCCUCUUGGUAAAUCUAAAUCUACAAGUACAUUUAAAAGUGGUAAAUCAGUGGAGCCUACCUACACCUCAAAUUGCGGAAGUCCUUGCACAGCAAAUUGCCAUAAAACCGGAACUCCUACCUCUACUGAAUGUGCGACAGAAACAACAACAAAUUAUUGGGUCUCUUGUGCCUCUAGUACUUGUGUUACUACUAGUUCUAAUACAGUCACUGGAUGUGCUGUUCAGCUUAGUGUCACAACUUUCACGGCAAAAUAUUAUUGUCUACUUGUCGCACUACCAAGGGGUGAAGAUGAAGGAUUAGUUGAAGAUCGAACAAUCACUUCAAUCUGGACUGUGAUACAAACUACUAUCUCAGAACGUGUGUCAAUUUCGGGAUCCUUGUAUACUGUUACCUCGGAAUCAAUAACCGUAAAUGGAGUGGGAUACAGUGUUCCAGCAGUCGUGACUUCAUCUGUUAUGGUACUUGGAGGACUUACGGCUACGCUGUAUUCUCCAGCUAUUGUAUCUUCUGCAUCCAUCACUGCCCCUGGCUAUGGAACCAAUCCAUUAACACCACAAGCACGUACUUCCACUUCAUUAUUACCAAUUCCAACACGAAGCGAUCCCCGUGAUCAACGAGCGUAUUGCUUUAGACAGCAUAAUGAUGGGAAAUAUGUACCCUUUAAUGUCACAGGGGAGCAGGAAGUUCUGUUUUCCAUAUGUAAUCAAGGCAACACUCUUUCACCUGGUGGUCCUGCCUAUACAUAUGUGUACACGGAUCCAACAGGUGUUAACGUCAUCGCACAAGCAAAUUGGGCGUCUGAUCAAACCGGAUGUAAUCCCGAGGACGGUUGGCUAUUGGGAUCCGAAUCUGAUAUCUGUGAAGUAUAUUUCGAUGACAACGUCUUCGUUUGCGAUGACGAGAGCAUUGAUGAUAAUUAUGGUGGCGCUCAUAUUUGGGAUGGCCCAUUUGGAUGCAUUGAAUACAUUAUUUAUGCGGUCAAAAGUGGAUCAGGAAGUAGUACUUGUAGCUGUUCUGAGAAUGGAUGUACUCCAGAUAGUCCGGCAUGUUGUGCUGAUGGAACUUGUGAUGGUAGACGAAAAUUGGUAAUGAAUCGUGUUACCCUUAUUCCAGGGAGUUUAGGACUGGUGGGGGAUCAAAAUAUCACCUCGAGCUAG